CUCUCUCUCUCUAUUCUCCGAAUAGGACAGAGGAGGAGAGAGGCUGUAUUCCGGAGAAGGGCCGGGCCGCCAUUAUUGGGAAGCUGUAAAAAAUACACUUAGACACUGUCAUACAUUUGGACAGUCUGGGAAGUGAUACUCAUAGGAAACACAACAUAUAGGGUUGCUAUUGUUAAAUGAGUACUGCGCAUCACCUAACACGGCAUAUUCUGUGUACGCGUAUGGGCAGACGUGUAUAUUGGACACAACAAAGGAAAUAACAAUUGGUCAAAACAACGUGGUGAACCAAGAGGCAAACACAACGACUCAAGCCGUUCUAACGCCCUCUCUUUCCUAACGCGAACAUUCAGCGGACAAGAAACUGAAGUUCGACUGCAUUUUUCGAGAUAAUUUAGAUAAUUUAGUUGUGUGCAAAGGGAAGAGGAGGAACUCAACAUGCAGAUGGUACCGAAAACUUAAUACGCUACUUGUGAAAAUUGAGACUUGAUUUCAGGGGAAAGAAAUAUACCAAGUGUCAAAAAGGGAAAUAUUUAUGUGACUGUUAGAGGAGUAGAAUUUCCUCUCUUUAUUAAUUAUAUUCUCGAGACGUUGGGAGUGCUGUUUUAGCGACUUGCGACGGAGGACAUUGGAGAGAAAGGAGUGAACGAGAGAAGAGGGAGGAAUGCUAUGAGUCGGACCCAAGGCCAGUAAGAAUCUUUGCAUGGAAAGACCGUCCUGCAGCCUCCUCCCUAGAGCUUGUGGGCAUGGCAGGAUGAGUGUCUGCGUUCGAUGAUGAUGGCAAAAAAGCAAGAUGCAAAGGCGCCCACCUACAACCUGGUCGUGGUGGGCCUGUCUGGCACAGAGAAAGAGAAGGGGCAGUGUGGUGUGGGCAAGUCCUGCCUGUGCAACCGCUUCGUCCGUCCCAGCGCAGAUGACUUUUACCUGGACCAUACCUCCGUGCUAAGCACCAGCGACUUCGGAGGACGCGUGGUGAACAAUGACCACUUCCUGUUCUGGGGGGAAACGGGGCGGGUGCUGGAGGAGGGGCCGGAGUGCAGGAUGCAUGUGGUGGAACAGACAGAGUUCAUUGAUGACCAGACGUUCCAGCCGCACCGUUCCACAGCCCUCCAGCCUUACAUCAAGAGAGCAGCUUCCAACAAGCUGGCCUCUGCAGAAAAGCUGAUGUACUUCUGCACAGACCAGCUUGGGCUGGAGCAGGACUUUGAGCAGAAGCAGAUGCCCGAGGGGAAGCUGAUGGUGGAUGGCUUCCUCCUCUGUGUGGACGUCAGCAGGGGCAUGAACCGCAACUUUGACGAACAGAUGAAGUUCAUCACUAAUCUCUACAACCAGCUAGCCAAGAACAAGAAGCCAGUGGUUCUGGUGCUCACCAAGUGCGACGAGGGGGUGGAGCGCUACAUCAAGGACUCGCACACCUUCGCCCUGGCCAAGAAGAACCUCCAGGUGGUGGAGACGUCAGCACGCUCCAACGUCAACGUAGACCUGGCCUUCCUCACCCUGGUGCAGCUGAUAGACAAGGGCCGGGGCAAACCCAAGAUCAUCCCCUACUUUGAGGCCUUGAAGCAGCAGAGCCAGCAGAUCGCCUCGGCUAAAGACCACUACGAAUGGCAGGUCAGCCGCAUUGUGAAGAACCACAAUGAGACGUGGCCCAACAUAAACCGGCGCAUGCAGACCUCCCCAGAGUACAAGGAGUAUGUCUUCCUGGAGGGCACGGCCAAAGCCAAGAAGCUCUUCCAGCAGCAUGUCCACAGGCUCAAACAGGAGCACAUUGAGCGAAGGCGGAAGGUCUAUCUCAGCACCCUGCCUCAGGCACUGGUUUCCCUAGUCCCUGAGCUGGACGAGAUCGAUCACCUGAGCUGGUCCGGGGUCCAGAAGGUUCUGGAGACCAAGCGGGACUUCUCCCAUUGGUUCGUUGUGUUGGACGACACCCCCUGGGAGACCACGCCACACAUAGACAACAUGGAGGAUGAGAGGAUUCCAGAGGAUCUCCUGGAGACGCCUGUGGCCGAGACGAUUUACGAGAGCCACCUGGAGCACCUGAGAAACGAGCGCAAAAAGGCGGAGAUGAAGUGGGAGUUCAAGGAAAAGCUCAGUGCCUCUCCCUUUAUCACAGCAGGCAAGCCCUGGGAGGAGGCACGCAGCUUCAUCAUGAAUGAAGACUUCUAUCAGUGGCUCGAGGAACAAGAGUAUCUAGAUAUCUACAACAGGCACCAGAAGGAGAUCAUCGACCGAGCCAAGGAGGACUUCCAGGAGCUACUGCUGGAGUACUCAGAGCUCUUCUAUGAGCUGGAGGUAGACGCCAAGCCAAGUAAGGAGAAGAUGGGGGCCAUCCAGGAGGUGUUGGGGGAGGAGCAAAGGUUCAAGGCCCUGCAGAAGUUACAGGCAGAGAGGGACGCUUUGGUGCUCAAGCAUAUCCACUUUGUCUACCACCCCACAAAGGAGACCUGCCCAAAUAGCCCCCACUGUGUGGACUGUAAGAUCGAACAGGUUCUAGCCUCCAAGUUCCCCACUCGAUACUCCUUCUUUGAUAGCCAUAAACCGGGUGACGGGAACGCAGAUCGGAUUAAUCUGGUCAUUCUGGGUAAAGACGGCCUGGGGAGAGAACUGGCCAAUGAGAUCAGGGCUUUGUGCACUAAUGACGACCGGUAUGUGCUGGAUGGGAAAAUGUAUGAGUUGUCCCUUCGGCCCAUAGAGGGCAACGUUCGGCUGCCGGUCAAUUCCUUCCACACACCUACCUUCACCCCCCAUGGCGUCCUGUGUCUCUACAACUCUAAGGAGUCACUAUCCUACAUUGUGGAGAGCAUUGAAAAGCUCAGAGAGUCAACGCUAGGCCGAAGGGAAAACAGUCUAUUUCAGCUGCCCAUGAACCUUCUCCUAGUCACCAAACGGGGAGUAGGGUCCGUCAGGGACAUUGGGGGGGAGACGGCCCACACACUUAUCCUCCAGGGGCAGCAGGUGGCUGGGAAGCUACAGUGUGGUUACCUAGACCCCGCCUCCCCUGGGGUGGGCUAUGGACGCAAUGUGAGCGAAAAACAGAUCAACCAGGUGUUAAAAGGUCUGUUAGAAUGCCGUAGGCCCCCUGGGAGCAUAGGCAGCAGCUCCCCUCCUUUACCCCCUUCUUUCAGAGACUCUCACUCCCAGCCCAUCCCCGAGACAGACCUGCGGAUAGUCAUGUGCCUGAUGUGUGGGGACGAUUAUGACGUGGAGCAGCUCCUUUCGCCUCUCCUGCUGCCCCAGCACUGUCGGCCGGCCUCCAGCCUGAGCAGUGGAACGUCCGUGCUCCUAGAGCUCACAGUGGGGGCUCAGAGGCACACCAUCGACCUCUCCCUGCUCUCCUUCCACUCCUCAUUUGCCCUACGGAAAAGCCGGCUGGUGCACGGCUACAUCGCUGUGUAUUCGGCCAGACGCAAGGCGUCCAUGGAGACCCUGUGUGCGUUCCUGUGCGAGGUGCAGGACAUCAUCCCCGUGCAGCUGCUGGCGGUGGGGGAGAGUCAGGCUGAGCUGUCGGACUCUGAAGCGGCCAGGGAGCAGGUGAGCCAGGGGGAGGAGCUGGCCCGGGAGAUCGAGGCCAGGUUUAACACAGUAGUGUGUGGGCCCGGAGGGGUGGUGGGAGGCCUGCACAGGAUAGACCUCUUCCAGCCCUUCCUGAAGGAGGUUGUGGAGAAACGCACCAUAGUGGAGGCCACACACAUGUACGAUAAUGUAGCAGAGGCCUGCACCACUGAGAGCAUGAGCCCGGCCCGCUGCAAUUCCCCCAGCCCCAUUAACACCCUGCUAGACUCUGAGGAGGAUGUGGAGCCCUCGCCCCCCUACCCCGAUGGUACCCCCACCUCCCACCUGGGGGGUUUCAAGCUCCCUGACCUGGAGUCCAGCGACGCCUUCUCGGUCAUCUCCGAGAUCAGCACCUUCGAAAGCAAGCUCAACAACAAGGUGCCCCCGCAGGUACGGCCCAAGCCCCCCGUACGGAAAGUCAACCUGGGGCCCUACAUGGACCAGCAAGGGACCAACCGCCGCUCCUUACCCCCUGCUGUCACCUGGGUGCCGGGCAGCGACGGUGGCUAUGACCCCUCAGACUACGCCGAGCCCGUGGAUGCCGUGAUCAAACAGCGGCCCACGGAGGAGGAGAGCAUCUACUCGGUUCCCCACGACAGCACUCAGGGCAAGAUCAUCACCAUCCGCAAUGCCAACAAGCAUUCUAACGGUGGGGGCAAUGGCUCGGAUAGCGAGGCUGACAGCAGCUCCCUGGAGCGGAGGCGGAAGAUGUCUGCUCUGGGGGUGAAGCCGCGGCUGUACCGCGACCGCUCGAAACGCCUGGGCAAGUUCAGCAGCUUCCGCACUAGCUUCUCUAUCGGCAGUGAUGACGAGCUGGGGCCACCCAAGGCACCAGAGGAGCUGGGCGGGGCGCAUAAGGGGGACAACUCUAUUAACGAGGAGGGUGAGGACCCCAAGAGGAGGAACAUCCUCAGGAGCCUGCGCAGAAACACCAAGAAACCGCGGCCCAAGCCCAGGCAUUCCAUAUCCAAAGUAGAAAGCAACUACUUUGGCGUGCCAUUGGCCAACGUGGUGACACCUGACCGACCCAUCCCGCUCUUCAUCGACAAGUGCAUCCGAUAUAUUGAGGCAACAGGUAUCACUACUGAAGGGAUCUACAGGGUGAGUGGGAACAAGUCAGAGAUGGAGAGCAUGCAGAGGCAGUUUGACCAGGACCAUAACCUAGACCUGGUGGAGAAGGACUUCACUAUCAACACGGUGGCCGGGGCCAUGAAGGCCUUCUUCUCUGAGCUUCCUGAACCACUGGUGCCCUACAGCCAUCAGAUUGAACUGGUGGAGGCCUUCAAGAUCAACGACAGGGAUCAGCGGGUUCACGCCAUGAAGGACAUCCUGCGCCGCUUCCCCAGGGAAAACUACGACGUCUUCAAAUACGUCAUCAACCACUUGAACAAGGUGAGCCAGAAUAAUCGUUUGAACCUGAUGACCAGUGAGAAUCUGUCCAUCUGUUUUUGGCCCACUCUGAUGCGGCCCGACUUCACCACCAUGGACGCCCUGACGGCCACGCGGACCUACCAGACAAUCAUCGAGUCCUUCAUCCACCAGUGUGCUUUCUUCUUCUACAAUCAGCCCCUGUCUGACACCCCUAGCGGGCACGCCUCCCCCACUGCCACCCUCUCCUCCCACGGGGGAACCUCAGCCUACUCCUCCUUGGCCUACAGCUCUCCCUCCCUCACACCCGCCCCGGCCCCUUACGUUAUGCCCGCCACGCCGCCCGUCAUCCCCCACUACGGGAUGCCCCAUACCCAGAUGUCCCCACCACACACCCCCCAGUCCCCCAUCCAGGCCCUGCUGCCCCCCCUGCACCCCCAUCACCCCCCCACGGAACAACACAUGCUGUGAGCCAGGGAUGGAAGGAAAGAAAGAGAUUAGCGAGGGAGAGAUGCAAAGAGUUUGAGAUUCAGAGGGAGGUAUGAGGGAGCGGUGAGAGAAGAACGUAAGUGGGAGAGAUUUUGAAGGGGUGGUGAGAAAUAUGGAGGGAUAGAGAAGAGAGUGAGUUUUAGGGACAGGGAAAGCAAAAGAAGAUGAGCACGUGAGUGAGAUGCAGUACAUAUAGGGAAAAACUGUUGGGAGAGGGGGUUAUCCAACCCCCAUUGCGUUUAAAGAUAUACACACACACACACACACACACACACACACACACACACACACACACACACACACACACACACACACACACACACAACGCAGGGGAGGGGGUGGGAAAGAGGAACUUUUGAGCCACAAGAGCCACGACUUGUCCUCCCAUACCACUGUAGUCUCUUGACUCUUCUCUCUUCUCUACCACUUCUUCUGCCCCCUUCUCCACUGCCUUAGAGAGUACCUUCCCCUCCAACACACACUCUGCUGCCCUCCCACUGGAGCCUCGCCCGGACACCCCUGUGUCGCCAGCCCGUGUCAUUUGGGCUCAGUGAGGGAGUAACACCCAGGGAAACACCAUGUGUCAUGUCCCUCCCCGAAACAUAAAGAAACCUUCAGAACUUCUGACCGUAGCUAGGCAGGGUAUCUUUGGGGGAAGUGUGGGAAGAACAUGAACUAUAUGGACCUUCUAGCUGGACUCUAAAACCACUCCCCAGUGCCCCACCUUCCUCGCCUCACCACCGCUCACCGCGAUGGGACUGUGGAUUGCCAGCGACUGCCCUGUCCCCCCAGGUUGAUCCUGGGUCAAUGUGGAGGGAGGACCUAACCAGUAGCUUCUCAGCGUUUAUUUGACCAUUGUUGCCAGGAAAUGGACUAGAGGCAGGCGUCACCUCUCCCACAUGGACCAGCUUCCACUUCAAUAGACUCAUUCCUAAACUCCCACCCCCUCCGUUCAGUGUCCGUUACAACCAGAGAUAACGCUAAGAACAAAAGUCUCAGCUAACUGGAUCUGCAGGGAGGCUGGAGCACAGAACUUUGGGUGAUCCCACACCCUCGGCAUCUUGGGAGACCUCCUCCGUUCCUUUCUCUCUUCUCUGACCCCAUGCCCCCGAGCCUCCAGGCAACGCUGGAAGACUGCUGUUUUUCUUUUGAUUGAAGAGGAUAUCUUUACUCCCAUUUCUUCCUGAUGUUUAAUGUUGUUCCACCCUUCCUUUCUCUUUACCCCCUAUGCUUCCAUUUUGAUUUUCAAACUGUGGAUCAGUUUUGGAGAGUGUUCCGUUGAUGACUGACCGAUUAGAAUGCACUCUCACACAGCAAGUCCCUCCUGCCAGAUGUCCAUGCUUACUUCUCAUUGGCCCUUCUGCUUUCUGUGAAGGGCGGGAAUAACUGGCAGGGAGAAUUAGGAGGGAUAAGGAUAGGGAUUGGCAAGGGGUGGGAUUCAGGGAUGCACUUUACGGACUCUGAAAAGCAUUUAGGGCUCUUUGACACGGAAUGCAGAGAGGAACAGCCAUAAUGAUUCCCUUAAGGAUCUCAGGAGGCAUUGGGAAGUGGUGGCAGGGAUUUCCCUCUUCCUCCUGUUACCCAUGAGGGGUUUGGAAGCCUGGAGAGACAUGGGAGCAUGACCUGUGUGUGUGUGUGUGUGUGUGUGUGUGUGUGUGUGUGUGUGUGUGUGUGUGUGUGUGUGUGUGUGUGUGUGUGUGUGUGUGUGUGUGUGUGUGUGUGUGUGUGUGUGUGUGUGUGUGUGUGUGUGUGUGUGCGUGCGUGCGUGUGCGCACGCGCGCGCACAUGCUUCUAAUAUGGUAGAGAGCAGGAGAAUCAUUAGUGUAGAGCUCUCUGAAGUUUAUUGAGAUUGAGGGACUGCAGAGCACUUUUGGGAGCCUCUUUAGUGAGAAGUGCGACAACACUUUCUCACCACGUCUAAUGAGUUGUGAAGUCAUGUAGCCACCUCUCUGAGAACACACCAUUGCCAUCUGGUGGACAACAUAGUUACUGCAGCUAUGACCUCACCCACCACUGCAUGGGCGGAACACUACCCCCCUCCUUGUGUGUAACAGAUCUUUCUACAUGCAUAAUCCCCCAUAUUUAUCUAUUGAAUGUCAAGUCAAAUGGACAUAUUGAGCCCAAUAGGAAUUCUUUGUAUAUAACAUAGAUGGAGAGUCUAUACUAUGAAAGCCAUUUGAACUGCAUUGAGAUUAGCCUGUGGAUGAUCAUAUCUGUUGUGUUACUAGGCUGCCAGCACUUUGCUACAGAUAUAUACUCUCCAGAGUGUGGUGUUGAGGAAGUGUAUGACAACAUAGAUGUUCAUGUCAGCUGUCCAUGAUGCAGACAGUCCAGUGACUAGUCUAGUGUCCAGCUGUGCAACUGCUAGUUGGCAGUACUUGGUGAUGUGUAGUCAUGUGUUUUUGUACUGAGGAUGGCUCAGGAUAGCUGUUCACAUCCAUUCAGCUGAGUGUGACCGGGAUGCACACGAAGGAAAGGAGAUGAGGAAGCAAGUUUAGAGUAUUGAAACGCAGCCAAUGGUGUUGAUAGUCCCUCAGUGCCAUCCUAUGUUUAUUGGUAUCCCACUUCCUGGUUGGCACCACUUGGUAUCCCUGCCCUCUUUUGACACGACUUUGUUCCCUAGUCCAGAGAGACGCUCCGGGAUGGAGCAGAACAGACAGUCUAUUCAUCUGUGUUGAUGACUGCGGAAUUCCAUGGUUCUGUCUGUGGUUGUCAUAGAAACCUGUUUGAUCGUUAGUGCGUGUGUGUGUGUGUGUGUGUGUGUGUGUGUGUCCGCACACAUUAGAAAGAGUGAAACCAAGGUCAUGUAAUUUGUUUCAUUUUGACCAUCGGCUUUACACACUCAUGCCUGUCUCCACGUCUCUCCAGCUCCCAUUGUCUUGACUGACAGGCCUCCCUGCAAAUCACUGAAGUUAUACCCUGACGCCGACACAAUGACCUCCUGUCGGUAUACACUACCUAUAUGACAUGUUGGCUUGUCUGUGUUAGGGACUGAUGUCAUUUGAGCUGUCAGUAGUAGCCAGACGUCAGUGUAACUCAACCCUAAAGAAAGACCAUGUCGCUUACAGUGGAGACUGCAUUUAUCCUCACGGUCAUUACCCUACUUAAUGUAACCUGGACCUGACCACAGUUAUCCCCUUAGCUAGCUAUAGGUUUACUUUUCACAGAUGGUGAGUGAGUGAGUGAGUGAGUGAGUGAGUGAGUGAGUGAGUGAGUGAGUGAGUGAGUGAGUGAGUGAGUGAGUGAGUGAGUGAGUGAGUGAGUGAGUGAGUGAGAACGAGAGCGAGAGAGAUGUGAAUGGGAUCAUUAUUUGGGAGGUGGAGGGGGGGAAAACUUUGGUACUUUUGAAUGCCGGUCAGUGGCAUUCCCUGUGUAUAUCAAUGUGUUAAUACUGAACAGACUGUGAGGCAGCCAAAGACUGUGCAAAAAAAGGGGUGGGGGAGAGAGGAAGCAAAGCGACAAAUGGAGAGAGAAAAAAAAACAAUCGUAUUAAAAAUGUGACUUUGGUUCUGCGAUCUAAUGUGGCUGCGUCGCUUUACUUUUUCUUUUAUUCUUUGCAACAAUGGUGACAGGUGGUCUGUUAAGUUAAAAUGAGAAACAAGCAAACUAUAUUCAAAUGGUUGUUUAUUUGUAUGUUAGGGGGUCUAACACUUUGCCCUUUAGUCAAUGGUGAUAGAAUUGUUUUUCUUUUAAUAAUUAAAAAAACAAACAAAAAAAUGUUUUUUUAUCAAUUUUGUGAAUGGUGAAGAGACCAGCCCAGUAUAGUGCAUGAUUUUUGCCCUGGCAAGCGAGGGGGCUCGACCACUCUCAGUAUUUAAGACAAGAAGAUAAAAAAUUAAAUGAUGGAAAACAAUUUAACCUGUAUAAAAGAUUGAGAAAAAAAAAAGUAAAAAAGUAAACUGAAAAAAUACAUCAACACAAAAAAAUGCUGUCAUUAUUUGCUAAGAGUAUGGUAAUUUGUCUCAAUAGGAAUGGUGUAUACAGCAAGGCCUUACAUGACCUGUAUUAUAGUUAAUAAAUCAAUCUUGUAAAA